AGGUUGGAGGCCAUUGCUAUUGGGAUCUAUUGAUUAGGUUGGAGGCGAUUGCUAUUAAGGGUAGACUGCUUUUGUUUUUGUCAGGGCUAGGGCGGUGCCUUUCGGUUGUCAAGAGUGUUGAAGCUUGUAAGUCUUCAGCGUUGCCCUAUGACUCCUUUGUGCACUUUGCGGUCCCAGAUGCACCGAACUGGCUCAAGCAGGUGAAGGACGGUGCCAGCAGCGAAUACUACAAUCUUAACGCAUCUUAAUGCCUAGCAACGCUUCGUACAUCUUUUUCGUUUGCAAUGCUUCGCAGUGCGCACUGUGAGCCGAUAGACAUGGCAGAGUGCAAUGGUUAGGCUGAUGAAGAAGUGCGGGGCUUUGCUGGCCUUGCCUGUGACGAUCCGUUCAUGUUCUGAAGAUGACUGUCAAAGCUUACAGUCUAUAGAGGCGGCGUGCUUUGACACAGAAGAACAUGCCAUUGUUGACCGCAUCGAGGACUCCCGGAAAACGGCUGGCAAGGGCCGCCGCGGGCCCUUCUUUGUCGCAACCUUCGUUGACGUGGCAAUUGUUGCGAUGGAUGGGGAAGAGCUGGUUGCAGGCUACUGUGCGUGGACCUGCGAACCCUUCGGCACUUCUGACACCUGCAUUCAUGUCAUGAAUUUGGCAGUAGCAGAGAAAUUCAGGAGAAGUGGUGUUGCCAGUGCAUUGCUGAAGCACGUGGAGGAGACCGCCUUGGAGAAGAUUCCCACCAUUAACUUGGAAGAUUUUGAAGGAAUAAUGGAACGCUAAGUCGCUACGUACUAGUAACUAGCUCCUGGCCGUAGUACUAGUAACAAGAAGCGGCUAGUACAAAGGGCAUCGCUACUAGGAGCAAGGACGCCACUAGAACCCAAAGGACCCAAAGGAGCAGUCAGCCAAAGAAUUGUGUCUUUUCAUGCGGGCCCGGGCCUGGCCAUCUGAAAAGGCUAAUCUCCCCAAGCAUUGCCGCCGCUGAAUGCAUAUUUUCUUUGAAGGUUUGCAAUGAAUGCUUCUCAAAGGGUUGCGGGCACGUUGGGUGAACUAGCUUCAUGCCCAUUGUAGUUUUGCCUUUUGCCGUCACCCGCACUGUCAAUUGUACAUUGUGCCUUUCCCUAGUUUUGCAGCCACAUUGACAUGUUCUUCUGAUUUGUCAAUUUAGUGCAACUCAAGGUUUCCAUGUGCUGCCCUUGCCCGUCUUCUGGUUCGUUCAGACAACAUUGUGGCACAGCAGAUGUAUGCAACCCACUUGCAGGUGGUGCCAGCAUUGGCAAUGCUGCACCCAACUCUAAGAAAUGCUUCAAGACUUGCAGAUGGGGGGUUUGAGGAAGUGGAGAUGCAAAGACAUGAGAUACGAUUGAUUUCGUUGGGGCUUUAGGUAUCCAGGGGCUUCAUGGUCAGCACACCGCUGCAGCACAGUAGCUGAGGCAUCCUUUGGUUUCAGUGAGAUCGAACGAAUCCCAGAGUAUUAUGGGUCGCUUGAUGCCCUUGAGCUUCGCAAGGCCUUGGAUCUACCCAAACGCGGAAAGCUCCGAAAAAGGAAAGGCUAAUGUCCUGCUCCUUUCCGGGCUGCUGAAGCUCUGGCCCGAUGGCCUUCCUUGCUGAACAGGGCCGGAGGUGGCCAGAUGGCUCAGUGGCUCGAUUUUGCCUCAGCAAUUACGGUUCCGGUGAAGAGGCCCAGCUUGCAGAUCACCUCAUGGCUUUCAGACACGAUUUGGUGCUUGCUGCCAUGGUUCACGAUGAACACAUAAGCGCAAAGCGGCACGGAUCCCAGAGGAAAAACAGGUAAUUGUCCAAUUGAUU